UAGAAUAGAAUAGAAUAGAAUAGAAUAGAAUAUAUGGAAUGGAAUAGAAUAGAAUAGAAUAGAAAAUAUGGAAUGGAAUGGCAUAGAAUAGAAUAUAUGGAAUGGAAUGGAAUGGAAUGGAAUAGAAUUGCAAAAAAUUGCAAGCCGCCCAAAGUCGCUGGACAGGGAGAAGGGUGACGCCACACUGCAUUUGAUAAAUAAAACUAAAUAAGAUCAUUUAUACGGUAUCCAGAACAAGCAACCUGCAGGAAGAGAAAAUGGCAGCCUGGGCAAGUCUGUGAACUCGGCGGCUCCUUGGGUGAAGUUGGGCCAAGACGAUGUUGACACCUGAGAAAACUCCCCGUUUCUUGAGAAUUCGAAGGCAAUAAUGCCAUAAAUAUUUGCUUUUCCCCACCUGUCUCCUGGAUGAUGGGAAAGGCCCUGCAAACACGUCUACAGCAGCAAUUAAGGAUGGUUCAUACAUCAACGUCUCUCUCCCGUCAUUCCGAGAAAGCAAGAACGGCACCGAGUUUGGGGUGAACAACAGGACAGUCGAAAUGCGAAUCCUUUUCGGAGAACUGGAUUUCCAAGCGCACGCCCAAAAAAGACGCGCGAUUCAUUCUUCGCCUCUCUCUUUGGAGUCGGUCAAGAUGCACGGAAGGCUGAAGGUGAAGACGACGGAAGAGCAAGCCGAAGCCAAACGUCUGGAACGGGAGAAGAAGCUCCAACAGUAUGUGACAGUCACCAAGGCCAUCUUUGAGAAGAGGAAACUGGGACAGCUGGACAAGGAAGGCCUGGAGCUGAGCAACAAAGUCCUUGGUGCCAAUCCGGAUUUCGCCACCCUCUGGAACUUCCGGCGAGAGACCUUCCUGCACCUGGAGAAGGAGGAGAGCCCAGAAGAGAUGCAAGCCUUGUGCAAGGCCGAGCUCGCCUUCCUGGAGUGCUGCUUGAGGGUGAACCCCAAAUCCUACGGCACGUGGCAUCAUCGCUGCUGGGUAAUGGAGCACAUGCCCGAACCGGACUGGGCCCGGGAACUGGAGCUGUGCGGCAAGUUUUUGGAGAUCGACGAGCGAAAUUUUCAUUGCUGGGACUACCGGCGUUUCGUGGUGCAGCGGUCCAAAGUGCUACCCGAGGACGAGUUGGCCUUCAGCGACAGCCUCAUCACCCGGAAUUUCUCCAAUUAUUCUUCCUGGCAUUAUCGCAGCCUCCUCCUCCCGCAGCUGUACCCCGAUCCCCAGCAACAAGGCCGGAUCACGGAGGAAAUCCUUCUGAAAGAGUUGGAACUGGUGCAAAACGCUUUCUUCACGGACCCCAACGAUCAGAGUGCUUGGUUCUACCACCGUUGGCUUCUGGGUAGAGGUGAUCCGGAGCCAACCAUUCGCUGCGUCUACGUCAACAGGGAAAACACCUCCUUGGCGGUGGCCUUCUCUCAUCCUGUGGCGGUGGCUCCGGCGUCGCAUGACCUGAUCGUGUUCGGAGACGAGUCCCCGCUGGUGGUCCGUUGGCGUACGCCGGAUAGGAAAAAUAAACCCGGAUAUAUGUGGCUGUGUGACUUGCCAACCUCUGCCCUCAACGACCACUGGCCUCAACACACUUUUCGCGUCCUCUGGGCUGAAGGACACGUGCAGAAGGAAUGCGUCCUCUUCAAAGGCCACAAGGACUGCUGGAACCAGGAUUCGGUGACGGAGGAACAGGUGUUCAGGUGCGAUCUCUCCAUCGAGAAGUCAACGGUGCUGCAGUCGGAGCUGGAAUCUUGCAAGGAGCUGCAGGCUUUGGAGCCGGAGAACAAGUGGUGUCUCCUAACCAUCAUCCUCCUCAUGAGGGCUUUGGACCCCUUGGUUUACGAGCAAGAGACUCUCCGCUAUUUUGCUGCCUUGAAGGCCGCAGACCCCAUGCGCUCCUCGUACCUCGACGACCUCCGGAGCAAGUUUCUGAUUGAGAACAGCGUCCUCAAAAUGGAGUACGCCGAUUCGCGCGUGGUGGACCUGUCCCAAAAGGGCCUGACGAACCUCUGCCACCUCGAACACCUGUUGCUGGUCACGCACCUGAAUCUCUCCGACAACCUUCUCUCGGCCUUCCCCCCCACACUGGCCAUGAUGCUUUGCCUCGAGGUGAUGGAAGUCGACGACAACCAGAUCGAGAGCCUGGAAGGGCUGCCCCCUCUGCCUUCUCUGGAGGAACUGUCACUCCGUAACAACCGCAUCCAGCGAGCCUCCGCCCUCAGAAGCCUGGCCGCCUUCCCCGCCUUGGCUCAGCUCAACCUGCAAGGAAACCCCCUGUGCCAAAUCCCAGGCGCCCAAUCAGAGCUGGCCACGCUGCUCCCGAACGUGACCACCAUCUUGACUUGAUUUCCUGACGUGCGGAGAAAGGAGAGUGACAGCACCGGAGACCCUUAAUUUAUUGCCAAUUAAAAUCAUCCCAAUCAGA